UGUGGCCAGUUUCAUUUGUAUUUGGAACGCCGGAUCGGAAAGAAGGACUCGCGAGCAGCUUGGCAUACGGGCGAUCGAGCGAGCUGAGCGCAGUUUUUUAGCUUUUAGCGCCUCUCCUCAGUUUUUUCAUUUUUGAUUUUCAAUUCAAUUAUAAACCAAAAAAUAUUUCGGCAAAUAAAAAAUUUUUUGGCAAACAAAAACAAAAACACAAAAACUUUUCGGCAUAAAAGAUCUUGAAAAAAAUAUUGACAAGCAAAAAUUUGGCAAAAUUUGACAAAAAGACAAGCAAGAAAACAAAAUUUUCGGCAAACGUUAAAAUUUAUGAGUUUAUCAUUUCAAUUAAGUGCAAAAAAAAAUUUGAAAAUAAUUGCAAUAAAAAAUUUUGAGUUGGAUUUUAAGUUUUGCAAGCGAAAAAUAACAAAAAAAAAAUUACUAAAACGCGACGCGCGCGUAAGAAACUGACGCAGCAAGCUUUCAAGUAAAAGCGUGCGUGUAAAAGUGCUGCGCGCGUUCAACGAGACAAAAUUCAAAAUUCGAAUUUCUGCGACAAGCCAACGGCCGACACAGCGAGCGCGGCGCGGCGCGACACAGCAGUGGCUACCAAAAGCCAAUCAGCGCGUCGAAAAACGCUUAGCGCGCUACGAAAAAAGCGCAAAAUAAAUAAAUUUAACAACGCAAAGUUUAUUUACGCUUAGCGCGCCUGGCGGGCGGCAGCAGAAUUCGCUACACAACAAAAUUCGUUAGACACUUUGGUUACGUUUCAUUCUACAUGGUUGUUUUUGAGUUCAAUUGAGUUUAAUUAGAAAAGAUUUUGAGUUCAUAAUGAAGUUCACAAAGCAACAAGCAAGUAUUACAAAUAUAAAACAACAACAACAACAAGAAAGAAGCAUUACAACGCACAAAACGAAGUUAAAUAAAUAACGAAAGCGAAAAAUCAUAAAAAAUAUAAAACAAAAUAAGCAAGUAUAUUAACAAAAACAACACGACGAGUAACGAAUAUAACAAAUUGGCGAAAAAAAUUGCGAACUAAUAUUUACAAAAAUAACAAAAGAAAAUAUGAACAAAUAAGUAACACUCGGUAGUAGCCGGCGAGUGAGGCGAUCAAGCCAAGCAAUUAAACAGCAAGUGGUUCAAGUGUGUGCGAGCGAGUGAUGUGCGCGGAGAGUAGAAACUUUUCUUGUGUAAAAAUUUAAAAACAAAAAUAUCUCAGUGAUUUAUGCAUAAGAACUCGCAAAAUUAAUUAUUUCAACAAAAUUGCAAAGAAUUAGCAGAAAAUUUUGGAAAAGGAGAAAACAGCAGCCAGCAGGAUACGCGGCUGCAAGCAUUGUCGCCGAGUAGCGCGCAUUUGCGAAACAACCGCAAUAGCAGCACAGUUUCUUCGAAAAUCAGCAACGAGCUCCGAAUGCGCAGCGAGUCAGCAGUACGCGACGAACGAUUGUAAAAAUCGAAAUAAAAAACACACGCAUACAGACAGUGUCAAACGCAGCGACGCAGCACAGGCAUUAACAGACAGUUUGUUGCAGACACGCAAUGUGCUAGAGUGCUAGCCAGCUAAGCGCUAAGAGACAGUUGCGAUUUUACGCAAAUCAACCAACGCGCCACACAUUUCGCAGCCAACAAGUAAAGUUAUACUUUAGCGUACCUUUCAAGCGAACAGUAAUCUUAACAACAACACGCACAACAUAUGUAGUUGAUGGCCUCAAUUGAAACAGAGAUGCCGCCGAUGCAUGCGGCUGAGACCGGUGGCGUGGCCGGUGGCGGUGUUGCCGACAAUGGCAGCAAUACCAGCAACGGCAACGCUAAUGGCGGCAACAAUGCCGCAGCAGUCGUCUCGAGCGGACCGCAUUCGAAUAGUAGCGGUGUCGCCGAAGCCGGACAACCGGGCACGAAUAGCAAUAAUAAUACGAUCAGCGCCGCUGCAGAUUCCAGCGAUAACCAGCCGGGCACACCGCAGCCACCCACUAAUGGCCAAUUAAUUGCCAACAACGAACAGCAGCAGCAACAACAACAGUUGGGUCACAAUCCCUACGCCAUGUACACUUCGGUGGCGACCACAACAAAUGGCAAUGUCGGCUUGCCACAUAUGUACGGUGGCAGCAUUUACGCCACAGCUGGCAGCCAACCAGAUAUGCAGCAGCAGCAGCAGCAACAACAACAGCCACCAUAUCCCAGCUAUUUGAACUCAUUCGAGCAGUUCUACCAACAGCAGCAGCAACAACAACAACAGCAACAUCAAGCGGGUGCUGCUAUGGAUUAUGGACUGAUGUAUGGCGCUGGCGGCAACAGCAAUGGCAGCAGCGACUACAAGUCCAACCAGUCGGCGGUUAGCAAUGUGCGCUAUCACCCCUACCUCAACAACCCGACCUCAUGUAGCACCGCUGACGGCAAUAAUCGCAACGGCACGCCGGAAAACAAUACUAAUGGCGUUGUCAACGGUGGCACAUUACCGCUACCACAAAGCAGCGCCGCCGUAUCGACCACCACCAAUUCGCUGAGCCCACGCUUGGUCAGCUCCAGCAGUCCAACAUCGACUUCGACACACAUGCAGUUAAGCGGUAGCUCUACGACCGGUUCGCCGGGCGGCAACUGCAAACUACAAUGCAAGAAAUGUGGACUCAUGUGCGCCAGCGACAAUGAGCUGCAAGAGCAUAUUACUAAUGUGCAUGGCGCCUCGCCAUAUGGCAGCAGCGGCUACUCCAGCUCGCCGUACAUAAAGGAGGAACUCUCUUCGGGCUCGCAACAACAGGCCACAGCCACACAGGGCGGCAAUCCGGGCGAGCUACUCGAUUUGGAUUCACAAAAGAUGGUUUAUCCGCCCGCACCCGGCAGCAUACAAUCACUGCUACAUCAUCCACAUCAAAUGCAUGAGCCAGCAGGCGGCAGCGAUCCAUUGCACUCCAUGCACAGCAUGCAACAACGCGCUUUGCCCGGUUGGGAGCAGCCACAACCGCCAAAUAAUGGCAUGCAGGAGGGUAUGCCAGCCUACAUGCAGCAACAGUCCACACAACCGCAGCCAGGCCAACAGCAGACGGAUUUGAGCGGCAAGCCACCGCAUGCGAAUCAAUCGCCGUAUUACUCGCCCAAACAGUCGCCCUAUCAUGUGCCAGGCAGCAUGCCGAACGGCGCAGCUGGCAUGGGUAUAAAACAAGAAUAUGGCUUGAUUAAAACUGAGUAUCCCGACUCACAGAAUUAUGUGGAUAAGUCAUUUGAUCCCACUGUAACCGCUGAUAUAUGUCAACAACCCCCGCCCUCCGUACAACAACAACAAAUGAUGCCGGUUUCCUCAAGCCCAGCUGAGUUUCCUACGACCACAACUGGGCCACAGGAUCCGCAACAGCAGUAUCGUGGCUUUGAGCCACCCUCUUCGUCAUCUGUUAAUCCAGUCAGUUUGCCUACUAAGGCUGCCACUUGGAAGUCGAAUGAGGCACGUCGGCCGAAGACAUACAACUGUACCGCUUGCAACAAGUGGUUCACCAGCUCGGGACACCUAAAGCGUCAUUACAAUACUACCUUGCACAAGAACGCAGUCAAGUCUAGCGGUCAGCCAGAUCCAGCAACGCUGCCCAUAUCUGCGCACCAUCAUCCGACACGUGAUCCAACCACAACAACCAAGUCACAUAGUCGUCGCAAUAACGCUAGUGCCGCUGCAGCAGCAGCAGCUGCCGCCGCCGCCGCACAACAACAGCAACCACCUGCACCGGUGCAACCACCCGAACCGCCUAGAAAUUCGCCGGACUUUGCACAGGGUGCGGGUAUGGGCAUGUCGCAGUACUCCGCUUCACCAUCGCCGACACAACAAAUGCAGAUGAACGGUGUAACGUAUGGCGCCAACCCAGGCGGCUAUCAGCCACAGCAACAGCAGCCACAAUACUUGAAUCAAGUGCAGUCAUCGACGAAUAGUCAUUCGCCCAGCCAUAUAAAUGUGCCGGGUAUCUCGCCAAACAAUUCACAAACCGUCUUGAACGGUCACCCAAACGGGUUAGCAGGUCCCUCCGCCCCAGUAACACCACAACCAAUGCCGUCCUCCCACACGAGGGGCCUGCUGAACAAAACAACAACCACUACCACAAAGAGCGAACCCUUGGAGGACAACUACCCGCACAGCAACAACAGCACAAUGCACAUUCGCUCACCGCAGCAGGAAGCGGAAUCGGACAUGGAUCCGGAGCUGGACAACACACUGCCGUUGGAGGAGCGGGAUCGCUCCCAAAUGGACAUGGAAAUGCUGCAGCAGCAACAGCAGCUACAACUGGAAGAGGAGGCAGCAGCAACAGCAGCAGUGGCAGCGGAACAGGCACAGGAGGCCGAAGUGCAGUUACAACGCCACCGUCAGGCACAGGCGGAUCUGGAACAGGGGGAGGAAUUGCAGGUUUUCCACCAUCAGCUGUUGGAGGAAUUGGGGGGGCCGCAACGGCAUUAUCACAACACAACGCCCACGCUCAAUCCGGCGUCGGAGCACAGCAUGCGAGCGCUAUCGCCCCUUAUUACCUCCCACCAGGACUACCACCAGGAGCAGCUGCGGCGUCCGCCGGGAAUGGUGGACAACAUUUUCUCACCCAUGCAGCCGCCAGCGGCAGUCACUAUGCCAGCCAAUAUAAUGGAUCCCCAAUACAACAUCCUACCUUUGGGUAUCAACACGCCGCCGCUGCUCAGCAGCAGUAUGCAGCUGCUGCCGCCGCAGCCGCCCAUCACCAGCACGGCUACUACGGUCAAUAUGGGCAACAUCCAUAUGGUGCACAGCCACCACCACACCCAGCAAGCGGAGCCGGAACAGCCGGAGCGGCUGGUGUUACCAUCCAUGCGCAGUAUGCUGCUCAACAAUACCAGCAUACAGUCGCCGGUGGACCACAUCAAUUCCAUCACGCCGCAGCUGCUGCCGCCCAUCACCACCACCACACAGCAGCUGCUGCCGCCGCUGCAGCAGCAGCCGCAGCUGCACACCACCAACACCAUUCCAUCAUUCCAGCAGCUGCAGCAGGAGUCGGAGCUGGCGCCGCUGGAGCCCAUAAUGACUUAUCACACUAUUAUUGGUAAUGAGACGGCAACGUCUAGCGAAGAUGGAGAAGUGGUUACCAUUAACAGCAGUCACAGCAGUAACGAAAGUAACGACUACAUACACUUGUCCACAAUGGAUACAUACAACGGAAUACAACCACAGCAGAUGAUCACCGCUGACGGGCAAUUACUACAGUUUAUGCCCUCUUCACUAAUGACUCAGCCGUUGUUUGCAUUGCCGCCGCAUAGCACAUUACGUGAGUCAUAUCCACGUUCACCGCAAGAGGGCGACUUGCCGCCGGCUCAUACAAUUUUAGGCACUGGUAUGCACAUGCAAGAGCACCUGUACCUACAAGAGCCAUCGCAGACAAUGGACAGCGGUGCAGUUGCACCGUAUUCACCAAAAGCUGAACUGCCCAGCCCGGACACGACCAGUAAAAGCGAUAUUAAUACAACCCUUACGAACCAAAAUGAUGAAAGCGACAGCUCUACCGCUGGCAACAAUACCAAUAUAAUCGACACAACCACCGAGAACACCACCGCGAACGCCCGAAAAAACGCCACCAAAAAAGCUCCAAAACCACGUAGACCGACUAAGCGUCAAAGCGCAUCAAAACGGAAGAUUUCGCCUUCGCAAUGCACCACUUCGCCACGCUCCAUCACGUUACCGAAUGGUCGUGUCAAAUGUUUGGAAUGCGAUAAGGAGUUCUCCAAAAACUGUUACCUCACACAACACAACAAGAGCUUCCACUCCGUUAACAUCGCCGAGGGCUACUAAUAACAGCAAUAUUGAAGGAAAAACGAAAAUGGCAAGGAAUGCUAUAUGUAAGACAUCCGCAUACUCAUACAAAGAUGUAUGUAUGUACAUAUAUAUAUUUUCAAGAAACUGACAGAAAAGUGUAAAAGAAAGAAGAGAAGUUAAUGAAAUUUUAAAGAAAAUAAAUGAAAAUGUUAAACAACUAUUUGCUUCAAAGGCGAGCCUUAUACCACUCGUAUACAUAAAAAUACUCUUAUACAGAACACUUAUACGAACUAAAAACUUAUGUGUGUGUGUUGUAAUGAAGACAAAUGCUUAAAGAUAAGUGUAAAAGACGGUACCGAACGACUAACUGAACUCUUAUACAACUCUUAUACGAUAUUUUCUAAUACGAAUUAUUUUGGAGCUUACUUGGGAGUGCUAACAAUUGUUUAGACCGAAACGAAAUUCUUAUAAAGCAAAUAGUAAAUAGCGUACAGCCCAUUCUUAUAUGACUCUUAUACAAUAAAAUUGCUUUUAUACAACACUUAUACAAACCAUAUCGGAAUAAACAAAAACUGUAUUAAACAAGGUAUUAAAUUAUACGCUAUUGAACGAUCCCUCUAAAUCUCUUAUACGACUCCAAAACACUCUUAUACUUUUAGAAAAUGUAUAAUAGGAAACAAUCACAAAAAAUUGCAACAAAAAGUGUAAAAGAUUUGUCAAACUCUUCUACGAAUUUUACAAAUCUCUUAUACGGCUCCAAAACACUCUUAUACUUGUUAACUAUAUAAAAUAGUUCUUUCAGAAAAUGUAUAAUAGGAAACAAUCACAAAAAAUUGCAACAAAAACUGUCAACGAUUUUUCAAACUCUUAUACGAACUUCAUAACUCUCCUAUACGGCUCUCAUUAAAGCAGUUUACAUUAUAACGACAUACAAAUCGAUUUCAAAAUCAAUCUUAUUAAUCGCUUUUAUGAUUACCUACAAUUAUAUAGACGAAAAUUGUAAGUUUUAUAACACGAGGACGUUAUAAAAGUCCGAAAAAGAAAAGAAACGAAGUAUAAAAUGGAUGAACGAACUACUUUAAUACGACAUUUACGACUUCUUACGAGUAACGAAGAUGAUUUGGAAGUAAAUGACCGAAAAAAAAAUAAACGAAGAAUAGCAUGGACGAACGAACUACUUUUACACCAUAUUUACGAUCUCAUACGAAUAAGGAAGUUGAUUUGGAUGUAAAUGUACAUGAAACACGUUUAAAAAAGUUCUUAAACGAUGGAGAGUUGAUCUCUAAACUCUUAUACCAGUAUUACAACUCUUAUACGACUCUGGAAUUCACAAUAGUAUGAUUUCGGAGAAAACAGAAAACAAUUCACCGACUCAUAAUAUUUAGUAAAAAUUAAGAAAAUCACAACUUGGCAGGGAUACACCAUAUCUGACAUAACAAUAAACAGGUAAAUAAACAAUAUCGAUAUUACAAAAAAAUACAAUAUUUCAUAACAUUAAGGAAAAA